CCACGACCACAUCCUUGGCCUCGCCCUAUUUUGCUCCGCCCUAUUCUUCGCCCAGUCCUCCGCCGUCCCGCCCCCUGAGCGCCGCGGCCGCCCUGUCCGCCGCCGCCCCGCUCCCUGAGCGCCGCGGCCAGCUGGGAGGUGAAGAUGGAGGAGCGGCGAGCGGCCGAGGCCGAGGUUGCGCAGUGUGGUGGUGGCGACCUGCGGCUGCCGUUGCGGAACCUGGUGCAGGGCCUGCGGGAGGUGGCGUCGCAGCUGCGAGAGGGAGAAUCGUGGAAAUUGGAAGAUUUUGACUUGCAAUUCUUCUGGAAAACUCUAGGUGAGUGUGUCAAAGCAGUAUCUCAAGAAGCAACAAAACUCAGUUUGGCCUUUUCAAAACCUCCUUUGCCAUCUGUACAAGACUGUCAGAAGCUCACUGCUGAAAUUCAGAAGAGUAUCCUUACUUUAUCCAGUGUGUACUACUGGUUACCAAAGAGUCAAGGCUUGACUUUACGACGAUUGGUUCGAGAUGCCGCAAUGGACAUAGUGGAGGGAGUUAUUCAGCUAUUGAAUGUGAUACUGACCACACCACUUCAAAGUUUGUCACAGGACCAACUGACAUCCACAGGUGGAGUCUGGGAAGCUUGUGACCGAUUUUCCAAGAUACCACAAGAUAACCAUGUAGCUGUUCUGUCACUGAUGUCGUCUUACUCUGCUAUUGUAGAAGAUGCUUUGGAGGAAAUGAAACAGGCUCAGCACACAGAUAAUGCAGAUCCAUUCAGUGACAUUUUUGAAGAUGACGAAUCACACUUGCGAGAAAACCGGGACACUUACUGGUCAGAAGAUGACAAACAAGUCAUGGCUCCUUGCUUAGGACUACUGAAAGCAGCCAAAGCAUGUUUGAAAAAAGUCUCUGCCGCUGUUAAAAACUCACGGAAAAGUAGACACGUUGCAAACAUAGUACAGUUGGAUGAUCUGGGUGAUGUUACAAGUGAAAUUAGCCCCAGUGUUGAUGAGUUGGUCUUGAGUCUUUAUCCUCCAAUGAACUAUAUCACUGUGCAAAUGAACGCUGCAAAGGUUGCUUCUGUCUUAAACAAAGCUCUGGAAAUAACCAAAUCCAGUCAUGUGUGUCCCGAAUCAGAGAGCAACUGGUUGCAGUUUCUAAGUGGAGCAAUUGAUCAUAAUAUGGACAAAGUGAAAGAUUUAACACAGGGCAGUUCUUAGCAUGUGAAAGGACUUUACUGUUACAUGCAAGUUAUAAUGACUGGCAAAGUGUAUGUUUGUUCUGUUCAGGAAAUCCAACCAGUAAAUAAAAAUUGUGGUCAAUAUUUCAGUUGUCGAUACGUCUUUGUACAAGAACCAGUGAUCUCCAUGGUAAUUGAUGUCUUAAUUUCAAAAUUGUCCGUGAAUACUCAUCCCUUAAAAGCACCCUGAUGACCUGAUAUUACGUGUUAGCAUGGAUUCAGCACUCUUAAGAAUCAAGAGUGCCCUUUGUCCUUUGAGAAGUGCGGUCAAAUUUUAACAUCAAAUCAGGAUUUUUUUUUAGGCAUCCAACUGUGGGUUAGAUUUUUUUUCCAUCAGAAAAAUUGCACAAAAGUAUUCCAUGCCCUCUAAGAAUUUCCAUGCAUAAUGCUUUCGCCUGAAUUAGCCCAGUUUGCUUUGGAUGCACAACCACAGCACAGAGUAUUUUGUCGUCUGGGGUAAAUUAUGGAGCUUAACUCCAGGGACAUCUGAUGGGCAGAAGGAUAACAUUUGAGAUUUCCAGAAAGUUUGUUGUGAAAUUAAGUCUUCCAUGUUGACAAAAGAAAAUGUACUUUUCUAUGAGCUUUAUUAAAGUUUAUUCUGCUCUGUA